AUGGCAUUUUACUUGGCAAUAAGCUUGAUAAUGUUUGGGCUCUUAAUAAGAUCCAAUGUUGCUACUACUAAUUCUUCUUUUUCCAAGGAUUGUUUAGGUACUGAUGGGAAUUCAGUUUUAAAAGUCGGGUUUUAUCGCGAAAGCUGCCCCGACAUAGAAGCAAUUAUCUUCUCUUGGGUCGGAAAGGCGGUUUUGGAUGACCCCAGAAUGGCUGCAUCACUUCUCCGCCUCCAUUUUCAUGACUGCUUUGUCAAUGGUUGCGACGCUUCUGUUCUGCUAGACGAUACGACAAGCUUCCAAGGCGAGAAGACAGCAGGCCCGAACGUAAACUCGCUAAGAGGGUUUGAGAUUAUCGAUGUUAUAAAAUCCGAACUCGAGUAUUUAUGUCCCGAGACUGUCUCGUGUGCUGAUAUACUGGCAAUUGCAGCUAGAGAUUCUAUAGUCUUGUCUGGUGGGCCAUGGUGGGAAGUCCAGGUGGGACGGAGGGACAGCUUGACUGCCAGCAUGGCAGAUGCCAACAACAAUAUCCCUGGUCCUAAUUCUGACGUGGCUGCUUUGAUGGCAAAGUUUCAGAAUGUGGGACUUACUCUUGUUGACAUGGUUACUCUAUCAGGAGCUCACACAAUGGGCAAAGCAAGAUGCUUUACAUUUAGCUCUCGACUGUUGGGAAAUGGCAUCUUACCCAAUACCAACGAAAACUUCAUGCAGAUACUCCAGCAGCUAUGUGCUGCAGACCCAAACAGCAACACUACACUAGCUAACCUAGACACAACCACUCCAACAACAUUCGACAACCAGUACUACAUCAACCUACUCUCGGGGGAGGGUCUUCUUCAGUCGGACCAGGCACUCAUCGUAAGUGACCAAACACGGGAAACUGUCGAAGCCUAUGCAAAUGACCCACUAGCGUUCUACGAGGGAUUUAAGCAGUCAAUGAUCAAGAUGGGAGGCCUUGCUCCUCGUACAAUCAAUAGUGGUGAAAUCCGCAGGAAUUGUAGGAACCCCAAUUAA